CUUCCCGGCCGCCAUCUUGGUGCGGUGUGGGGGGACACGGGGGGCCCGGGGGCCGCGGCGGGCCGCUCGAUGGGAAGAUGCAGCGCGCGGGGCCGGGCGGGGCGGGGCCUGGCGCCGUGCUGGGGGCGGGGCCGGGGCGCGCGCUGCUGAGGCGGGAGCUACGGCUCCUCGAGUCCAUCUUCCACCGCGGCCACGAGCGCUUCCGCAUCGCCCGCGCCUGCCCGGACGAGCUGGGCUGCGAGUUCCUGCCCGGCCCGGGCGGAGGCGGCGGCAGCGGCGGAGGGGGGCCCGUCCGUAUCCAUGGCAACAUCACGGAGUCCUAUCCAGCCGUUCCCCCUAUCUGGUCCGUGGAAUCGGACGAUCCCAACCUGGCGGCGAUCCUGGAGCGGCUCGCGGAUGUGAAGAAAGGCAACACACUGCUUUUGCAGCACCUGAAGCGGAUCAUUUCAGACCUCUGCAAACUCUACAACCUUCCGCAGCACCCGGACGUGGAGAUGCUGGACCAGCCCCUGCCCGCCGAGCAGAGCACACAGGAAGAAGUGUCUUCUGAGGAAGAAGAUGAGGAGAUGCCAGAGGACACCGAGGACCUCGAUCACUACGAGAUGAAGGAGGAAGAGCCGGUGGAAGGCAAGAGGGCCGAGGACGACGGCAUCGGCAAAGAGAACUUGGCUAUCCUUGAGAAAAUCAAAAAGAACCAGAGGCGGGAUGUAACCACGAGAUUCCUCCUCAAUCCCUCCCAGGGGGCAGUGUCUGGGUCCGUGCAGGCCACCGACCGGCUAAUGAAGGAGCUCAGGGAUAUUUACCGAUCAGCAAGUUUCAAGGGUGGAAACUAUGCAGUUGAACUAGUGAAUGAUAGCCUGUACGACUGGAGUGUCAAACUCCUGAAGGUGGACGAGGACAGCGCCUUGCAUAGUGACCUGCAGAUCCUCAAGGAGAAGGAGGGGACCGAUUUCAUCCUCCUCAAUUUCACCUUUAAGGAUAACUUCCCCUUUGACCCGCCCUUCGUAAGGGUCGUGUCGCCCGUGCUCUCGGGAGGGUAUGUCCUGGGUGGAGGAGCCAUCUGCAUGGAGCUUCUAACAAAGCAGGGCUGGAGCAGUGCCUACUCGGUGGAGUCCGUGAUCAUGCAGAUCAGCGCCACGCUGGUGAAAGGCAAAGCCCGGGUGCAGUUUGGCGCCAACAAAAACCAGUACAGCCUGGUGAGAGCGCAGCAGUCGUACCAAUCCCUGGUCCAGAUCCACGAGAAGAAUGGUUGGUACACGCCCCCGAAAGAAGACGGCUAGCGCGGGGACGAGGCCCAGGCAGCCACGGACCAAUCGGACUUCUCUGCCAAACCGCUGCACUCCGGAUCGUAAGACGCCUCCUCCCAGGAGCGGACGGCCCUGCCUGCUUUGCAAGACCAUCCUGAGCGGCUCUUACAAACUUUUACAGAAUAAAAAAACAAGCAAACUGUCGCAGCCCAGGACUCGCUAGCCGGCAACUGGUGGUCACUCUUAUUAUACAACAAAAAAAAAACCCCACACACACACUCACACUCAAAACCAAACCAACCUGAAAUGACAAACUCGAUUCUCUCGUAUCGCUGGAAGUUUCGGGCUCGGCUGCAGCUUGGAGCACGGGCACCUCUCCUUCUGCUACGGAUUUAAUUUAUUUUCUUAUUUUCAUGUACACUGCUUCUUCUUUUCCCCCUUCUCCCUUGGUUACAGUGUAUGAUGGAUGUGUAGGGGGGGAAAUGUAUCUUUGGAGAACAAUUACAUUUGUUAAUUUGAA